GAAAAAUAAAGGCGUAAUAACAGAGAUAAUAGAUAUUUGAUAAAUACAUAAAAAAUUGCAACAGUUCCUAAGUUGAUAGUAUCGAGUAAAACGAACUACAACUACUGGAGAUACGUAAUUACUACUAGUCUUUUGAAUUUUAUAUUAAUAAAUUGAAAUGUCUCUUGACAAUAUACUUUACGAUAUAGUACAACAAUGUACGAAGGAACAUCCUCGGAAUCUUAUUCCUGAAUUGUGCAGACAAUUUUAUAAUCUGGGAUGGGUUACCGGCACGGGUGGAGGAAUUUCUAUUAAACAUGAAGAAAAAAUAUAUAUUGCACCAUCUGGUGUGCAAAAGGAGCGCAUAGUUGCGGAUGAAUUAUUUGUUCAAGACUUGAAAGGAAAUGAUUUAGAGCUGCCUCCCCCCGAAAAGGAACUGAAAAAAUCUCAAUGCACUCCACUUUUUAUGUGUGCGUACACAAUGCGAAAUGCAGGAGCUGUGAUUCACACUCAUUCCAAAUUUGCUGUUAUGGUUACCCUUUUGUGGCCUGGAACAGAAUUUCGAGUUACUCAUCUAGAAAUGAUAAAGGGAAUAAGAAAUCAAAAAACAGGGAAAGCAUUGCGAUAUGAUGAAGAAUUGAUUGUGCCAAUUAUAGAGAAUACGCCAUUUGAAAAGGAUUUACGAGACCGUAUGGCUGAAGUGAUUAAUCAGUAUCCCGAGACUUGUGCAAUAUUAGUGCGAAGACAUGGAGUCUAUGUUUGGGGUGAUACCUGGCAACAAGCAAAAACUAUGACGGAGUGCUAUGAUUAUUUAUUUGAUAUUGCUGUGCAAAUGAAGCAGCAUGGUUUGGAUCCACUAGCAACGCCUGAGAAAUAUGAACUAAUGCAUCAAAAGAAAAUAAAACCUACAUAACAUUGAAAUAAGUGGUAAUUAUUGUUACGAGAUCUUUUUUACAAUUUAUUCUUACACAAAAAUGGUUUGUGGAUUUAACGCAUUAUUAUAUUGAAGUAUAUUUGUACAAAAAGAACCAGUUUUCUUGCAAAUGUUUUAUGAGGACUUAAAAAUAAAAGUAGUUAUAAAAUACA